AUGGACCGGCUCAAGCCCAAGCGAGCAGCACGCCGUGCCCAAGUAACCAGGAUAGUCAACGAGGUCAUCGACCUUCGACAGAAUCUCAGCGUGAAUAGGACCACGUUGAAUGGACUACUGGCUCGAUUGGAAGUGGCCGAUCGGGAACUCCGAAAGGUGAAUGAGGAGAUUGAAGUCUACAUCAAGGAGGACGAACUCGCAACGGAAUGCGAAACCGUGUUUAGUUAUGAGGAACAGGCGGCCAAUGCCAUGGCCGAGGUGCAAACCCGUCUAGCCGACCUUCACUCCGUGGAACAGCAGGCAACUUCGGUGACCUCAGAGGCUCUUUUGCCUGCCACGCCACGAGCCAGCGAGCAAGCUCCGGCAGGCGUCAAGCUCCCAAAGCUGCAACUGAUGAUUUACGGGGGCGAGCUCACCCAAUGGCAGAUGUUCUGGGAGCAAUUUCGCACUGCGGUGCAUGACAACCGGCGACUCAACAAGACUGAGAAGUUUCAGUACUUGACCACUUUGCUGAAAGGCCGAGCUGCAGCCGCCAUCCGUGGGUUGCAGGCAACUGCUAGCAACUAUGACGACGCCAUCGAGAUCCUGGUACAGCGUUUUGGAGAUACGUACCAGAUUGAGCGAGAGUAUCUGGCCAAGCUACGAACUUUGCCAGGGGUAAAGUCCCGAAGAGACCCGUCAGGGCUCCGACGUCUGUACGACCACGUUCAAGCCAAUGUUCGUGGCCUGAAAGCCCUGGGUGUAAUGACAAGCAGCUACGCACCAAUGUUGGCGGACAUCCUUCUGUCGGCGAUCCAUUCGGAAAUGGUUGUCGAGUAUCACAGGACCGUGCGGUAUGGAACGACUGCCCUCCGCGACACUAGAGCCGUUCAGAGCGCGACGGCCACACCGGAAGCUCAAGUUGCUACAGCCGAGGGAGGGACAGAUGAGUUGACUAAGGUUCUCAACUUCAUUGGCAUCGAAUUGGAGAGUCUAGAGCGAUCGGGGGUCAAAGACUCCAAGCCGCCAUCGGGGACUAAACCGUACCAUGCCCAAGGAAGCACGAGUGUUCCCACUGGGAUGGUUCUUCAAAGUACCACCGAGAGCGCUAUAAAGUGUGCAUUCUGCUCCUCGGUUCAACACGACACGGUAGACUGCCAAGAGAACCUACCAGUAGCCGAGAAAAUGAAGAGGCUGGCGAAAGAGAUGCGGUGCUUCCGGUGCACCAGAAGAGGACAUCGUUCAAGGUACUGUCGCGCCAAAGUGACCUGCAGCAGUGGUGGCAGCAGGCACGUUGCCGUAGUCUGCGACCCGUCGCGAUCACAACCUGGACGUGCUUCUGACGCCGUGGCGAUUAGUGUGAUGGCAGUGUGCAACCAGAUCAUAACUACGAGGGGUGGUGGACGGAGGAAGUCAAAAACGUUCAUUCGAGAGGAUAUUGCGCAAAAGCUCAAGUUACAAGUUGUUGGUGAGGCGAAACUACACAUCCACACCUUCGCAAACCAAGCCACAACCACCAAAGUCCACCUGGGGAGAGUAGUAGAAGUGCACCUGCGAAGCCAGUACCGUCCACUUGACUACGUGAUACGUGCAGCCACUAUCCCGUUCAUCUGCCAGGAUCUUCCCGAAGUGCCUACCACUCAGCAGUUUGUGGAAUUGUUACGACGACAAGGACAUCUAAUUGCGCACGACGUUCUAUUCCCAAGCGUGAACUGUGAAGCAGGCAUUGGUCUACUGAUUGGCAGCGACGAAUUGUGGAGACUCUUAACAGGAAACGUGAAGAAGGACGAACAGGACGACAGAUUGGUAGCCAUUGAUACGGUCUUUGGCUGGACCUUCCAAGGACCAUCUCGUUUCAGCAGUGAGUGCACGGAACGAUCGACAACAGUCGUGUGCGUCCUAAGGAUGGGAUGCACAGCCGAAGAACAAGACGUGAUAAAAAACUUCUGGGAGUUGGAUAGCAUCGGCAUUCGGGAUGAAGUCAUGACCAACACCGAACAUGACCAGCUAGUGCUGGAUGAGUUUAAGCGAAACAUUAAGAUGCUGGACGGACGCUACGAAGUGGCCUUGCCAUGGAGAAGUCUCAAGGGGGAGCUAGGCAGCAACCUUGUAGUCGCCGAGCGGUUGCAAGGGCUUGUGAAACGUUUAGCCCACAGUGACGCCAUCCAGCACUCCAUCGCAGAACAACCCACACCCAGACGUCCAGUGCUGGAGAAUGACAAGAGUGCCUUUCGGUACGACGUCAAGUCCCUUCUUGUUGACUUGUUGACUGCGACUUUGCAGCACCAUCUACGGUCAGUGGACGAGCCCGAUAGAGACCUUGUUAACAAAUUAAUUGACGCAUUCUACGUCGACGAUCUGCUUCUUGGCGUAGCCAACGAUGAAGGAAAGAAAAUCGUCCAAAGGGCUCAAGACCUCCUAGAGAAGGCAGGCAUGAAGUUAUCGAAAUGGACUUCAAAUUCAGCUGAGCUCCAAGACAUGUUCUUGAAUACACACGUUGGCAGCCUGAACGACGAGAAGCAGUUUUCAGAGCUGUCGCAGACCAAGGUCCUCGGUGUGGCGUGGGAUAAGCGCAGCGACAGGUUACGGUUCUCAGCGGAUCAUCUCAUGGAAGUAAUCUCUGACAUGAGAGACACCAAGAGGGCUAUAUUGGGAGCGUCCGCUAGGCUGUUCGACCCGUUAGGCUUCUUAUCCCCGUGCACUAUCAGAGCUAAGAUGCUCUUCCAAGAGCUUUGGAAGGCGAAGCUGGAUUGGGAUACCAGAAUUCCUGACGAUUUGGCCAAGAAGUGGCAUGCGUGGCGCGCUGAGCUAACCGACCUACGGGACGUGUCCGUGCAACGAUGCGUACUCCCGGAGAGUGGUUCGGUACGGUACCAACUCCACAUCUUCACAGACGCCAGUCCAAGUGCCUAUGGAGCGUGUGCAUUCCUUCGAAGCAUAAGUGACACCAUGGAGACGGAAGUGGUUCUACUCUUCGCCAAAUCACGCGUGGCGCCACUGAAAGUCAUCACGCUACCCAGACUAGAGCUACUGGGAGCUGUGGUUGGUGUUCGAAUCGGGAAAUUUCUACAUCAAGCACUGGCUCUACCGGAUGAGGAGAUGACUUUCUGGACAGACUCCACUAUUACACUGAGUUGGAUGCAGAGUAAAGCAAGCAGGUGGAAACCCUUCGUCAGAAACAGGGUAGCUGAGAUCCAAGAAAAGAGCAGUGUGCAGCAGUGGAGGCACUGCCCUGGGUAUGAGAACCCCGCGGACGCGGUGACGAGAGGACCAACUGUCAAGACGUUGUCUCGAAACAAACAGUGGCUCGAGGGGCCAUCUCGGCUUUCGAAGCCGGAGCAGUUUUGGCCGGAACAGCAUCAGAAUGAUGUCAGUGCCUUCAGGAGUGUCACGGAUGAAAUGACAAAAGCGGCGGUUCUGACAACUGGCGCAGAAGCAACUUCCCCUUUGUUCGACCUUGCUACGUACAGCGACUACAACCGCGCUCUGCGCGUUACCAGCUGGCUCAGAAGGUUCACGGAAAACUGCCGUCGUAGCGUGCGAACCACCGGGCCGCCUACAGCCAUCGAGAUAGCGGAGUCAGAGACGUUUUGGGUGAAACACACUCAGAAGGAAGUCUUUCCUGAAGAGAUUCAAGCGCUGACAAAGAAUCGUAGAAUCAGCGAAACUUCAAGGAUAGCUCAGCUCAACCCUUUUCUCGACGAAGGUGGAGUAAUGCGACUAGAGGGCCGGCUUCAGUGUUCAGACAACUGUGAGGAUAUCAAACAUCCCAUCAUACUACCGAAAUGCCACGCCUUGGCUAGGCUGAUUAUUAUGAACACGCACCGACGCAUGCUACACGGCGGGGUACAGACGACAAUGUCGGCUUUGCGUGAAAGAUGGUGGUUGCUUCAAGCUAGACAGGCCGUGAAGUCGGUCAUCCACCGGUGUGCUGUCUGCGUGAAAUUCCGGGCACGACCAGCGUCUGCGCCAACAGCACCGCUGCCAGCUACCCGGACCGACCCGACUCACCCAUUUGAUACCACGGGUGUGGACUUUGCUGGCCCCCUAUAUGUGAAGACCACAACCAACACGCCAUCACCAAAGUGUUAUGUCGUACUUUUCACUUGUGCGACCAAGAGAGCUGUACAUCUGGAGUUGGCGACGGAUUUAACAGCGAGAGCCUUCGUCAUGGCAUUCCGGCGAUUUUUGUCAAGGAGAGGGGUACCGUCUACCAUCUACAGCGACAACGUCUGGCCUUCAAGAAAGCGGCGCGAGACAUCCGAGGGCUCUGGAAAGCCAUGUGCAGCACCGAGUUUCAAGAUUUUGUCUCGACAAAACGGAUUCACUGGCAAUUUAUAG